AUGAGCGAUCUUACCUUCACUACGGAACAUGCGCUUUGUUCGCCAUCAACGUUUAGUCCUCCACCAGUUUUCGGUGCUGAGAUUACCUCCAUCAAAACACAUUUGGUUUCCAAUUUCACGGCAAUUGUACCGGCUGAACUGCUCGUCAACACGCCUACUGCGAAUGCAACCGACGUGAACUUUUGCAAUGUUACAGUUUCCUACACCCACCCGGGUCAAGGGGACAACAUCAGCGUUACGGCUUGGUUGCCGAUUGACUCGUGGAACGAGCGGAUGGAAGGAGUUGGCGGCGGAGGAUGGGUUGCUGGUGGGCCUAUCAGCCAACUGGCCUACCCAGAACUCAUCAGUGCUAUCAGUUCUGGCUACGCCGGCGUUACAACUGAUGCGGGCUUGAAUGUCGGGGUGGAUGUAUCUGCCAGCGCAUGGGCGCUUCUCGGUCCCGGCAACGUAAAUCUUUAUAAUCUGCAGAAUCUAGCUUCUCGCUCGCUACACGACCAAGCAGUCAUUGGGAAAAGCCUCAUUAAGGACUUUUACGGCAGACCGCCAAAGAAGUCGUACUGGAACGGUUGCUCCCAGGGCGGCCGUCAAGGCUUGAUGCUCGCACAACGAUAUCCUGACUUGUAUGACGGCAUUGCUGCUGCUGCUCCAGCCAUUAACUGGAAUGCCUUUUUCACCGCCAUGUAUUGGCCUCAACUCAUUAUGAACUUGGCUGGGAAAUAUCCUCACGGAUGCGAGCUGGAUGCAAUCACUGCGGCAGCAGUAUCCGCGUGCGAUGCUUUGGAUGGCGUUCUAGAUGGUGUAAUCUCGAAUACAGAUGCAUGCAUUUUUGACCCCUUCACAGCUGUCGGCACCGUCUUUGACUGCUCCUCUACAAAUACGACAAUGCAGAUCAGUCACAUGGCAGCAGUAGUAGCCAAUGCUACGUGGUCAGGCCCACAAACUGCCAAAGGAAACUUCCUCUGGUAUGGGCCUUACCGAGGGUCAGAUCUUUCAGGCAGUUCUACCGAUUUGGGCCUUGCUGGGACACAAUGCACUGGCGAAGUUUGCGUUGGGGCUCCACUCUAUCUUGGCACAGAGUGGAUGACACUAUUCAUUGAAAAGAACCCAGAUUUCAAUCUCACCAGCAUCUCCCGUGAACAGUACGACGAAAUUUUUCACGCUGGAAGGCAAGAGUUUGCUAGCAUCAUCGAGACAGCCGAACCAGAUCUUUCGCAAUUCAAGUCUCACGGGGGUAAGAUCCUAACCUUCCAUGGCCUAGCUGAUCCCGUCAUCCCUCCCAGAGGCACGGAGCGUUACUAUAAUGCUGUCAGGGCAUUAGACUCUGAUAUCCAUGAUUUCUAUCGAUUGUUCCUUGCCCCCGGAGUAGCGCACUGUAUUGGGGGGGUUGGUGGUCAACCUCAUACAGUCCUAGAGGCCUUAGUGGAAUGGGUUGAAAAUGGCACUGCUCCUGAAACGCUACCCGUUAGCUUCACUAGCGCCAAAGGUCUCACCUACAACCAAAUCCUCUGCCCAUAUCCACAGAAGUCAGUCCACAUCCGAGGCAGUGACCCGACUUUGGCAAAGAGUUACCUCUGUAUCUAA